CCGUCAUCAUUAAGCAUUCCAUCCUUUUCUAUCUGGAUGUGAGCGAUCAUAAAUUCUCUCAUCAUCGAACGAGUAAGGAGCAUCUAUCUCUUCAAGGGUCCAACAAGGAAUAACACCAUGGCUCUGGGCAGCUACGCUACGCUAUACAUCGUCACCACCAUCCUCAUUUUGUCGUCUCAAGGUCGUGAGCUUACCAAACGUCAGACCGAUGAGGAAACUUCCUCAUCGACGACCACGGGCCCGCUCAAGUCUUACCAGAGCUUCAACAUGACCCCCAACGAGGCCGAGAAGGAAGAACUACCCGCUGGCUUCGGCGACUACAACUUCGCUGUGUACGAAGCGGACGAAAUCGUCGACAGACACAAUCUACUCCGUCGACAACCCGCGGCGAGAAACGACUUUGAAAGAAACGACCCAAACGCGAUUACGGCUUCAGAUAUGGAGCACAUGACAUGGGACGAUGAUCUGGCCUACAUGGCCUUGGCCUGGGCCAGAGGCUGCAGCUUCCACCACCCUCAGCCUGGGGAAAUGCAAAAUGUCUCCCCAUACGAAACGAUAGGCCAGAAUAUUUGGGCCUAUACAGGGACUAGAGACAGCCCACGUUCUGGUACUAAAGCAACCCAGGACUGGUAUGAUGAGGUAGUGGACUAUACCUAUCAGGCCGGUAGUGGCGGGUACUGUGGUCGAGUGUGUGGUCAUUAUACACAGAUUGUUUGGGCCGCUACGAACAGGGUCGGUUGUGGCCGAACGUUCUGUCCAAGUCUCAGCCGUACUCCCCUGAGAAACGCAUGGUAUGUCGUCUGCAAUUACGCCCCUGCAGGGAAUUACCAAGGCGUACAACCGUAUUCUAUUGGGACAUCAUGUACCCAAUGUACCACCGGUUCAGGACAAUGCUACAAUGGACUAUGCAGGCCUUGUGCAGAGCAUAACGAAGUCUGUGAUUGUGCUAUCGAUUCCUGUGAUAACUGCGGUGUGUUGGAUCGAUCUACUUGUACGUGUAAUUGCAAGGAUGGCUUCUACGGUGCGACCUGUCAAGAACGAUGUGUGGACACAUCCAGUCGGUGUUAUAAUACAUGGUGGCCACAAUUCUGCGACGGCUACGCACAGGUUCGAGAAGGAUGUCCUCAGAUGUGCGGAUUAUGCAAUGCAGCAGACCCAGACUUUGUUUGUCGACCAGGUCCACCUGAUCCACCCACCAAACCUGAAGUAUGCAACACGAAAUUCACAGCAGCAGCCUAUAUCCGGGGAAUCCUCCAUCUUUUUAGGGAUGACAAAGUGUGGCGAGUUCGAACCAAUGGUGAACUACUCUCCCCAGAAUCCGGUGAUUUGAUCAAUGAUUUCUUCACAAAUUUACCCACCAAAGUGAGUGCCGCCUACGAGCUUCCUACUGGAGAAGUCGUAUUUGCCAGAGGAAAGAAGCUGUUCAUGUACAUGGGCACCGUACGAACGGGGCGUAGUGCGCUACCCACAGGAAUCCCCAAGGGACCUACUGGUGCAAUAUACAUUGCGUCAGAAGGGAACACCCACUUCCUCAAAGGCUCAAAGACAUACCUCUACAACGAAAGAUCGGGUCGGGUUGACAGCACAUACCCGAGGCCGAUUUCUGAUGUUUUCCCUGGCGUGCCAACCAAACUAACGAAUGCAUUCUCAGAUGCGAGUGGUAACAUGUAUUUUGUUCGAUCGAAGAAGGUUUUCAAGAUCAGCAGUGGUCGUCAAUCGGUGGACAGAGGGUAUCCGAAGUUCUUGACUGAAGUUUUCAUUAAUGUGUGCGCGCAGUAAACAUGGACGACGGUUCUCACAUGCAUUCCAAAAGUGACGGGCCAGAUUUGACAAAUUUACCGGAUCCCUUGGCGGGAAGCAUAAGUACUUGGGCAUGAUAUUAUACGCUAGUCAAAAUGACCAGUCGUUUUACUUCAUCCAUGUAUUCCUUGGCUAUAUUCGAGGGACAAUAUUCCCAACUUUCUCCCCCUCUCUCUUCGCCAGUGUGUUGGUGAGAAAAGAAUCCGGAAAUAAGACUUAUUUCUACCAUUAUUUUUGUGUCGAGCACAUGAUUUUGUCACAGGCACAUUAAAGGAAUCUUUUAUUUUCUUCCGCUUCCCCUGGCCGACAUCAUUGUUGGCCACCGAUUAUCGUGUUUUCAUUUUCACAUGGCUCAUCCGGUUGAAAACAGUUGUGGCGAAACAUGAAGCUGUUUGCAAUCCGGUGGUUAAAAACAAUGUCAAGUACUUAAUAAUAAUCCAGUCACUCCAUAUACAUUUUUUGCCAGGCACUACCUGAUGAACAUGACGAAUCACCUGCAUUGGUUAUAUCUCUGUCUCGAUACUUGUGUAUGCAUUUUAUAUUUUGUCUUCGUAAAUGUAAUCCGACAUAUCCAUGUUAUGGAAAUUGGUCACCAGGCAGUGAAAGUCUGAAAGCUUGUUUUGAUCGGGGAACAUUUCGUGAAGGACUAGUCAGAUGUUUUAUACCGUGUUUUAUCCGAGCAUUACCAUAGCAACCGUCAUGAAUCUGUGCGUUUUAGCCAAUCAAAAUCAAGGGCAGUUGUCACAUUGUCGGAUCUGACAGCUCGUCAGACAACAAAAUGUUGGCUUAAGAUUUCGCCAGAUCAGAAAUACUAUUUGACUCGAAAUCGGAGAAUACAGACUAGAGUAAAAUAACCUAAUUAUAAUAUAUCUGUUUGAUAUUUUCAUAACUGAUACCAUCUAUAUUUGAGGACUUCCUUUAAUAAAAUUUGAAUUAUUCCUAUCAAACUGUUUCUA